GUAUAUAGUAGAUUUACAGUGCGUCGAUGCAGAUAAGACUCGUAUGCGUGAUCUCGGAGCAUUUGCGCACUAUAUCUAAGUACUAGAAACUAGGUUAAAACUUAUCAUCAUCGCGAAUCGAUUUGCGGAUUACUUAUCCAUUGCUGUAUUAGUGUAUCUGAAUCAUAAUAGCUAUAUACCUACAGUGCAGUUGUGUCCUGUUGUGUCAGUAUAAUGAACGUUCAAAUGUUUCGCAUUCGACAGAUAACGCGCCGUCUCUGACCUGCUCUGACUUUUCAUUAUUUACUUAUAUACUUUCAGCUGCUUCCGCGAUUGUCAGAAGAGGAGCGUUUUGUAGGUUAGUCGUAGGGCGUCAAAUAUUUUGCUCCGAGAAAACGCUGCAGGAACUCGAACUCGGCGUUCCGGGAAGUGCCAGUCCAUUUUUAGUGCGCGCACCGAGAGAGACAUUAGUCGCCGCGGGUUUGAUUUUCUCUCUGCCCCCCUCCGCGUCGUCGCCUGUAUUAUUACCUCCGUAGAGGAGCCAGCAUAAAGAAUGGAGAGUAGUGAGCAGAAACACUACGAGCUGCGGAGUCGUAGUCGAUCCAGGUCAGAGACACCCCAGAUUCUCAGUCGCACUGUUACUGAAAACGAGGGCUCUGAACAUCACUAUGAACUGCGGAGCAGGGACAGAUCUAUGACACCUGGGGAAGUCACCAGCAGCAGAAGGUCAGCUUCCAGAUCAUUACCUAGCAGUGUGGUGAAAGCACGCAACAAAAAUAUGGAUACAAUUACAGAAAAAGAUGACACUUUGACGGAUAAUAACUCUGAUACACAAAGCAAAAGUUCAGAUAAAUCAGUGACAAUUACUAAAAGUACGAAAAAGCUUGAACGUCGAUCAGAGCGUCAGAGAAUCAAAAGGCAGAUAAUUGAGAAUGGAGAAAGUGAAUGCAAAAGUGAAGUAGAUGAUUCGGAUGCAAAAUCCGAAACCAAGGAAAGAAAAAGGGAAAGUAUUACUCCAAAAAGGCAAAUGACAAGUGACUAUUCGUCAGAAGAAGGAGACAGAGAGGAUGUGCCUAGUAGGCCAGGUUCUGCUUAUGAAUUCUAUAAGCAACAAGGCGAAUAUUGGAAUAAGUUUCCAAAGACAGACUAUACAUACUCGCAGACAUCGACAUGUCGCUACGAAGUGGCCCCGGGCGUUAUGGCCAUUCCUAACAUGUCCCGACGCUCGCUGCAUUCGGAUAACAGUUUCUUUAGCAGUCAAGGGUCUAACAGCCAGAGUCUCAGUCAGUCUUCCAAGGAAAGCUUCAACGAAGAGAAUAAUACUAUGGAUGUUAGCGAGAUUCGCCGUGACUUAUCGGACGGGGUUCCGCAACUAUUACCGCACAUUAGAGGUUCAGGUACUGCGGUAGGUCAAUCAGUCAUUUACAAGAGAACACAUGUCGAGCAGUAUAAUUCUACUCGACGCGAUUAUGUAUAUGACUCGACAAGCGAUAACCAAAUCAAUGAAAAAUAUGAAUCGUGGGCGAAUCCACUUUUGAAAUCAAAUGCAGUUGCUCGUUACAGAUCUGCGGCAAACGUGGAUUCCGAUACGGAACUAGAUGAGGCUGUCGCCGUAAAAAAUUAUAAAUACCGGUUAAAAGAUACCCAGAGCUUCUACAAAUUCACUAGUCUCAUCUCAACGUGGUUUUUCGCGACUCUUCAUUUGGUUACUUUCGGUCAGUUUAAGAAGAAAGAAUUUUCUACUAGUCAUUACUACCGUCGUUAUGAAGAUACAAAAUGGAGUCGACUUCGACUACGAAUUGAUAAGGUCAUGCAGCACAUGUAUUUAUUGCUGGUCAAAGUUGUACUUCUUGACUCAUGGUUACUAAGCAAAGCUUCCAAUAUUCGAGAACGAGCCCAAGGACGACGUACAAAAAUACUUUGGCUUGUGCUUCUUCCUCUUUUUCUAACAAUCGGGGGCUGGUUCUUGCCACAGAUUUGGUCUGUCAUUUCACUAUCUUCCAAACAUUCUCUGCCUGAAAUCAAAGAGCAAGUGCCAACGGCGCAAACUUAUGUGCAUAAUGAGGAUUCAGAAGCCAAUAAAGAACUCAGGGAUAUGGUGAAUCUAUUGAUCGGUCGUGUUCAACAUUUAGAAGCUGCCAGGGUGGAACAUUCAGAACAUCUAUCAAACGUCACGCAAAUAUUAGAAGAACUGAAACGUGUGGACAGCAGCAUUUGGAAGCAUUAUGAUGAGAAACUGGUGAACCUUGGGCAAGAGCUGCAAACUCAAGCCGGAAACAGGGAAACUUUGAAGAACGAGGUGCUGGAGUCCAUGCGUAUUGAGUUAAAAACUCUGAAGAACCUGUAUACACAGCUGAAGUCCUGCUGUGACAUGGCUGAGGCAAAUAUUGUUACCGAUAAGGAGAUUGAGGACAAAACGAAUAAGGUGUUUUCCAGAUAUUUUGGUGAUGGCUUCUCAAAACAGGACAUUGUCAGGAUAUUUCAGAUUAUGAACUCAAAGAUUCAGCAGGAUGAAGCGCAAAAACAGACCAGUUCAGCUUCGUCGCCAAGCCCUGAACCCGGCGGUGAUAGCAAUGCAAUGGGAAUAGCCGAAAUCCGACAAAUAGUUUUAGGGAUUCUCAAAAUCUACGAUGCCGAUAAGACUGGCCGAGUAGAUUACGCUUUGGAGUCUGCAGGUGGACAAAUUAUCAGUACCCGUUGCACUCAGCGUUAUAACAUUUACACACGUGCCUUCAAGGUUCUUGGAUUAACCUUGUAUUACGAAAGCAACAAUCCACGAACUGUAAUACAGGGUACUAAUACUUUGCAGCCUGGAAUGUGCUGGGCAUUCCAAGACUUCCCAGGUUAUUUACUUAUCAAACUCAGAACUAUGAUCUAUGUAACGGGAUUCACUGUUGAGCAUGCGCCGAGGUCUAUCCUGCCCAACGGCGAAAUGAAAAGUGCGCCGAAAAAAUUUAACGUCUGGGGAUUAAGAGCAGAGAAUGAUUUAGAGCCUGUGAUGUUUGGGGAAUAUGAGUUCUUAGACAAUAAUGAAAGUUUACAAUACUUUUCUGUACAGAAUACGUCAAUAACAACGCCGUACGGAUAUGUCGAGAUGAGAAUCCACAGCAAUCAUGGCCAACUCGAGUACACGUGCCUUUACAGAUUUAGGGUGCAUGGAAACCUCGCGUGAUGCGUCAAGCUAUUAGACCAAAACCCUCCUACCAUAAAGACGCUUCGCCAAAAGACGAAACUAAGUACUAUUAAAAUAAUCAAUACUUUGUGUGCCUUGAAAUGAGUCAUCGGCGAAACGCAAAAAAAAACUAAACGCAUAAUAUUUUACGCAUCAAUACGAGAACAGAUCUAUAAACCAAACAAACACAAUAAUAGGACAGAUCUGAUCUAUUGUAAAAAGUGAAAAUGUUCAAAGAGUAUUUUUAUAAAAACAUCUCUUAUUAGUUGUAAUGAAUGCUGAAACUUCUCAAAGUUACCGACGUUUAAAAGAAAAAGUCAUUAACGUUGUUUGUUGGUCCUUUGUUAAGAUUUCUGCAUUUUUUAUUUAUUUUAUUCAAAGAAAUCGUUAACACGGUAUAUUCAAAAACAAUACAACGUUAAUGACGAUUUUGUCGCUGUAAGCGACCCUUAAAAAAGCCGGAAAAUGUACCGACGUAAGACAGUACAAAUUGUAAAGCCACUUACUAGUUAGUAGUUUCUAAGUCACGCUUUUUGUAAAAAGAAUUGAUUACUGAGUGAUAUGUAUAAACUAUUUGUAAGUCUACUCGUAUUUAUAAACAAAGAAAUAGUUAAGGGGCAGCUUACGACAUGAGCCACGUGCGAAAUAUUGCACACUAGAGUUCCGGAACGUUUUUGUGAUUAAUGAUAUUAUAUUUAUUUAAAUUUUCUGUUCAUUACUCGAACUAAAAGUAAUUUUUCUUCAUAAUGGCAAUUUUCUAUUUAUUUUCAUUUUUUCAUUUAGCUUGAUUUCAAUUAAUCCUGCUAGAAUUAUAUCAGUUUUAUGAUUUUUUUCUUAAAUACUAUUUCUUUAUUUUAUUUAUUCUGAGUUUUCAAAUUGGCCUUAGAAUCUCAUUUUUUUCAUUCUAUUCUAAAAACGUUUUGGAAUUUUACGGACGAUUUUUUUACAUUACCGAAUUUACAUAACAGUAACAUUUUUUUUUUGCAUAAUACAUCAAUCUAGUUAUAUUUUUUCAAGUCGAAAGAAUUGUAGGUAAUAGCUUUCAACUUACAUACGCUUGCUUCCUAUUUGUAUACUGCGAAGAAUUUGCAAAUUUGCAAAUUCUUUGAUCUGACUGAGAUUUUUAUAAAUUCGACUUGGACGAUCAGGGAAGAUUUUUUUUGGCACGUAAUAUACUUAAGAUGAAGGAUUUAAGGAAUAAUGAUCCAUAAACGAUAAGUUAAAAAUAAUUACGUUGUCACGCAUGUCGUAGCAUGAAAGACGAGAAAGCCUUCCUUUUUUUACCCGAGUGUCAUGUGUAUGCACGCUUCCUACUCAGAGUAGAAGUUAAGUUUUGUGAAUAAAUAAAAAUAUAAAAGACUAUU